AAAAGCUGUUUUGUUUUGGUUUUUUUCUGCAAAGUUCUGUCUGCAUUUUCAGUCUGCGUUCUCUGUGAUUUUAAAUAAGUAUAAAAUGAAAAUUGUUUAAAAUUUAGCCUUCAAAAUGAAUGUUGAAAAGUCAGAUGACAAAGCAAAGAAUGGCUUGAAGUCUUCCUUGCUUAUAAGGGAUGAAAAUGGAAAUAACUGUGCAUGUGACAUGGCUACACCUUCCUCAAAGAACUGUGCCACCAAGAUAUGUGGUAAUUCAACUGACCAAAGUAUAGUGACCGAGCACGAAGAUGAUACUGCUUUUGAGAAUAAAAGUGACUUUAAAAGUGUUCUUUUAAAACAGCAAUGUAUGGAAGCACUUCAUCUGCAGAAGACACCUGAUAAAUGCAACUGUGCAGGAGCUCCUCUGGGAGAUGGAGAUGCUGCGUGCAAGUCUUCUGUGACCGAAGAGAAUUGUGCGUAUCCUUUGAACUGUGACUUGAAAGAAGCAACAAACUUACAGAAAGGUAACGUUUCUACAGCAAAAAUGCAAAAUCAGAGUAUGGAACAAUCGGUGCCUUACAGCCAGGCUGACUCUCAGCGUGUAUUACCUCUUCCCGCUUCAGAGCAGGACGCGCAGUCCCUGAUAAAGGACGAGGCACCGUGCCACCUGAGCACAUUGGAUGUUACUUACGUUAUCAGUGAAACUCUGGGAACUGAUCAAAAUGAUGACACGACUCCGAGGGAAACUCUAAUCUCUUCUGAAGUAUGUCCGAGAGAGAAAUUUGAUAGAACCAGCUCAGAAGGAGCAUCUCAUUUCUCCUCUACAGUAGUGAUUUCAGAAAGCCCAGAUGCCUGUUCCAAACUUGAAGUAUGUCACCCUGCCUCUGCAGGUGUCGAACACUAUCAAAAAAACACUAACGAGACUGAUAAAGAAUCACACGAAACAGAAGCACCGUCUGUAAAACUAUCUGCUGAAUCUAUAGAUCCUUGUAGGAAAGAUGCAUUAUCACCGUGCGUUAGCGUUAACAAAGAUGACCAAGUGAAAUCCUUGCAGGAUACCCCUGACUGUGACGACACUGGGAAUUCCAAUGCUGAAACAUGCGUGGAUAGUCCUGUAAAUAAUGCUUGCCUUCUCCCAGUAGACAAAAUAGAUGGAGAACAAGUAUCAGAGAAAACCAGUGAACCCUUAACCAAAGACCAGAGCGCCUCUGGAAGUGCUGCUCGUCAGGAUAUGCACAACGCCACUUUUGUAUCUUGCAGUCUACAUAAAAAGAGGACUGCUCUGCCUGACCUCAAGUGUGAGGCGACCUUUGUGGUCUUCAGUCCUGCAGCUGACAAAAGCGAUUCUGCUCUACGUACUUCAACCCCUAAAGAACAUUCAAAAAAUACACCUUUCUCUGUUUCAGCGUUGGCAGAACUUGGAAACAAUUCUCCUAACCAAAAAACAAAUAAGGCCUUUGUAGAAGGAUGUAAUAGAAGGCCUUUGCUUAAAGCUAGUCCAGGUCAAACUGCAGGAAAACCAGUGGGCAGGUCUCCUCCUGUUGGGUCAACAAUAACCAAAGCAAAGAAAUCGGAGAUUGUUAGUUUUCCCAAACCUAAUUUCAAAAACGUGAAGCCAAAGGUUAUGUCUAGACUUGUGCUACAGUCAAGGGACAGCACAGGAUUAAAACAGUCUCCUCAGUCCCCCCAACUAUCAGCUGCCUCCUCACCUUCGCUGGUUGCUUCCCCGAGGCAGUUGUCCCCCUCCAUAAAAGCGCUGAAAAAGAAAAUAGAUCUAGCUAAGGACACUAAAGCAGAAUUGCCUGCGAAUAAAGCCCAUAAGCUACAUCUUAACAAACACCUCUUCUCUAGCCAAGUCGUACAUGCCACAACACAUCCCAGAAACGCUUCCCACAAGGCUUCAAAGACACCUGCGCUCAAGCAGAAUCCGGAAGACGUUGGCAAAGCCAGCUCUACCCCUCCGGCAUGCUCUUCGGUCUCUGCUGCCCUUCCUACGUGCGCGGAGACUUCCAAAGUGAUGCUGAACGACCAAACGGGAAGUUCAAGCUCUUUAACACAGCCCUGUGCCCAAACCAUCUGCCCCGACGGAGGCGAGGGAGAGGAAAGCAGCGACACCGGAAUUCUCCUGGAAGCGGCUGCGUUGAAAGAGGUGGCAGAGGAGACGUUUGACCUGCACUCAGUUCCUUUGACGUCUUCUGUGAAAGAUGGGACGACACAAGGGAAAAACAUACUGAAGAAAGACCCAGUCACACUACAAGGUGUAUCGACUCCCAAGGUUAAAAUGAUGCCCUCUGUGGUGCCCUUCAAGAAAGGAUGUGAAAAUAAAACUAUCAGCACAAUUAAAGCACCUUCUCACAAAGGAGCUGUUCUGUCAGCAAGCUCUGGUACAGCAUCUUUGCCAAGAGAGAAGCAAGCCUCCGUGAAAAAUUCUCCAGCCUCCUGGGCUACCCCCGGUAAAUUGCUCACCAAAUCCAAAGUGCCUGUCAAAAGGUUAGGGCUUGAGAGGACCCCCAGCAUCUCCUCGGUCAGCAGCACCCAGAGCGAGCGGAGUCUUCUCAGCAGUAAUUCUGCAAAUGCCACGGUCAUCAUCAAGAAUGGAGAAUGGCCUUCGAAACCAGCCUGCCAGAAUGGUACUCUGGGAUCUGCCCCUGUGAAAGCAGGACCGAGACCUAGAAUACACUCAUUGAAGUCAACUCCAAAAGGAGCCAAGGCCAAGUCUGCUUUACUGAACCAGUGCAUACCAAAGUCAUGCGGGCCACUGCACUCGGCAAGGAGAGUCAGUGAGGCCAGAGGUACUCCUGGAAGAAAUGGACGCCAAAGCCUAUCUUCUUUGGGUUCUGUUGACAAGGGCAAGCAGCGGAGUGCCAACAGCUCCUGCAUCCAGGCCCAAGCCCCCACGGACGCGCAUUCGCCCGGCACAAAACCGGCUGAGCUGACCCAGUACAAAACAAAAUGUGAGGCCCAAAGUGGAAUCAUCCUGCAGCUGAAGAAGUUCCUGACGUGCAGCAACCAGAAGUUCGAAGCGUUAACAGUUGUGAUCCAGCACCUGCAGUCCGAGAGGGAGGAAGCUCUGAAACACCGGAAGGAGUUAUCUCAAGAACUAGUUAACCUUCGAGGAGAACUAGUAAGCACUUCUGCAGCUUGUGAGAAAUUGGAGAGAGACAGGAACGAACUGCAGGUCGCUUAUGAAGGGUUUUUGCAGAAGUUAAACCAGCAGCAUCGCGAUGAUUUAGCUGAGCUGGAGGAGAGGCUCAAACAGUUCUACACGGCAGAAUGUGAGAAACUCCAAAGUACCUGCAUUGAAGAAGCUGAGAAGUACAAAGCGCAGCUCCAGGAGCAGGUGGACAACUUAAACAUCACACACGAAAACUUUAAGGUGGAACUUGAAAACAGCCACUCAGAAAAAGUAAAGGAGCUGAAAAAGGAGUAUGAAUCCUCUUUUUCAGAGCUCAAGAGUGCCCAUGAAUCUGAGAGGAAGUCGCUUGAAGAUUCCUUCAAAGAGAAGCAGGAGUUGCUGGAGAAAAAAAUCAAUGAAUUGAAAUGUGAAAACGACUCUCUGAGUGAGAAGCUGAAGUUAGAAGAGCAAAAACAAAUAGCCAAAGAAAAAGCCAACCUUAAAAACCCGCAUAUUAUGUAUCUGGAACAGGAGCUGGAAAGUUUGAAAGCGGUGCUGGAGAUCAAGAACGAGAAACUCCAUCAGCAGGAUAUAAAGCUCAUGAAGAUGGAAAAACUGCUGGAGAACAACACAAUCUUAAUGGAUAAAUUGAAGAAGGUUCAGCAAGAAAAUGAAGAAUUAAAAGCUCGGAUGGACAAACACAUGGAGCUUUCAAGGCAGCUCUCCACGGAGCAGGCGGUGCUGCAGGAGUCCCUGGAGAAGGAGUCCAAAGUAAACAAGCGCCUGUCGAUGGAAAAUGAAGAACUUCUGUGGAAGCUGCACAACGGCGACCUGUGCAGCCCCAGGAAACUGUCCCCCAGCUCUCCCUCCGUGCCUCUUCAGUCCCCACGGAACUCGGGUAACUUCUCCAGUCCCACAGGGUCACCGAGAUGACACCAUCUCCUGAGGGGAAGCGGGGAUGGCAUUUCAUUUGCGAUCUGCAGAACCGAUCCGAACUUUUAAUCACCGGAGCAAGAGCUAUAUUAGCUGAUUAUGACGACUGACCAUAACUGGAAACUAUUCGGUGCAAAAAUGGUGGUAAAGAGACUGAGAACGUGGGAGAAAAGACACUCGUGUUGCUCCUCCCAGAAAGACUUGUUUAUGACCUCUACGGACGUUGUUGCACAAAGCACUUACGGAGCAAGGAAAGACUUGUUCAUUGCCUUUUCACCUAACUAUAAGAAAAAGCUCAGGGGCUUAGAGAUAAAGAUCACAACCUUUAUAUUAUGUUCCUUAUCACCGACACUUUUUUUUUUUAAGGCUGUGUGUGUGCGUGCGUGUGCUGUGGAUGGAAGGGAUGGAUGAACACACUCUGCGUGUGCCUAAAUGCUGCCUUCUUUGCUGUGUACGUAAUAAAGGAUAAAAGCUGAAGACUA